UUCUUCUCUACAUCUGCAUGUGAUCUCUCUAUUAUCUCUUCUCUCUCAAUUCUCCCCAUCACCAAAUGGCGCCGCCUAAUUCCCAUUCAACAAUAUCAUCACCCAUCCAACCCAACCACCAUCCGACCGACAAUAUUGGAACCUGCUUCAUCCAUGCAAACCCAAUAUCCCCUUUACCAAAAACAACCAAUCUCAAUUUAGAUCAUCCAAUUCUAAAAGCAUCACUUCGCCCAAUCACCCUAAAGUUUCAAGAUGUGGCCUACACAAUUAACCUCUCUGCUUCACCGAAAUCCACCAAAACCGUACUCAACGGGGUCACCGGAAUGGUCAAACCAGGCGAACUCAUGGCUAUGCUUGGCCCAUCCGGCAGCGGCAAAACAACACUCCUCACUGCCCUUUCCGGUCGUUACCUCGCCGGGAAAAUCUCCGGUACUAUUACAUACAACGAACGCCCUUUCACCGGAUCAAUGAAACGAAAGAUCGGAUUCGUUUCGCAGGACGAUGUUCUCUAUCCCCAUCUUACAGUUCUAGAAACAUUAACAUAUUCCGCCUUACUCCGCCUUCCUGGGAAAUUAACAAAUAAUGAGAAAAUGGAGCAAGUUGAUUUUGUGAUCAAUGAACUUGGUUUGGGUCGGUGUAGAAACGGCGUCGUUGGGGGUCCACUUUUGCGUGGGAUUUCGGGUGGGGAGAGAAAGAGGGUUAGUAUUGGUCAGGAAAUGUUGAUUAACCCGAGUUUGUUGUUUUUGGAUGAACCCACUUCGGGUUUGGAUUCAACUACUGCGGGUCGGAUUGUGGCGACUUUGAAAGGGUUGGCUAGAGGUGGACGAACGGUGGUGAUGACGGUUCAUCAGCCGUCUGGAAGGAUUUAUAGGACGUUGGAUAAAGUGGUGGUUUUAUCGGAGGGUUCGCCGAUCUAUACUGGCCCGGCUAGGGGAGUGGUGGAUUAUUUUCGGUCAAUCGGGUAUUGUCCCGGGUUUGAAUUUAUAAACCCGGCUGAGUUCUUGCUUGAUCUUGCUAAUGGUAUAGUCCCUGAUGUGAGACAAGAAGAAUAUGAGCAUGAAGAAAUUGAUAUAUUAGAAAAUCAACAUGAUCACCAUCAUCAAGACCACACCAACUCAGUCAAACAAUUUCUACUUUCCUCAUACAAGAAAUCCAUCUACCCUUCUUUAAAGGAAGAAAUCCGCCGCAGCUCCCUUCUCCCCUCCACCAGACCACCACCAACAAGAACCGGAUCAAACGAAGAAGACAAUCAAUUUUCCACAAGUUGGUGGACACAAUUCAAAGUUCUAUCAAAAAGGGGAUUAAAGGAAAGAAAACACGAAUCAUACUCGGGUCUAAGAAUCUUCCAAGUCAUGUCGGUCUCCAUCCUCUCCGGCCUCCUAUGGUGGCACUCAGACACAUCUCAUAUACAAGAUCAAGUAGGACUCCUCUUCUUCUUCUCCAUCUUUUGGGGUUUCUUUCCUCUUUUCAAUGCCAUCUUUGCAUUCCCAUCUGAACGUCCCAUUCUCUCCAAAGAACGAGCCUCUCGCAUGUAUUACCUUUCCUCCUAUUACUUUGCUCGAACCGUAGGUGACCUCCCCAUGGAGCUCAUCCUCCCAACCAUAUUCGUCGCAGUGACGUAUUGGAUGGGAGGUCUCAAACCUUCCUUAUCCGCAUUCAUCAUGACUCUCCUAGUAGUCCUCUUCAAUGUCCUAGUCUCACAGGGACUAGGUUUGGCAUUGGGAGCGGUUCUAAUGGACAUGAAACCGGCUUCGACAUUGGCUUCGGUGACCAUGUUAGUGUUCUUAUUAGCGGGCGGUUAUUACAUUCAAAGGAUUCCUAAGUUUAUGAGCUGGUUGAAGUUUGUAUCAUUUAGCCAUUAUUGUUAUAAGUUGCUGGUUGGAGUGCAAUACUCUGGAAAUGAAGUUUAUGAAUGUGCUGGACCAGAUGGAUUGAUGAAAUGGUGUAGGGUUUGGGAUUUUCCAGCUAUUAAAUAUUUGGGGAUUGAAAAUAUGAUGUGGGAUGUGGCUGCUUUGGCUGUUAUGCUCUUUGGAUAUAGGCUUUUGGCUUAUUUGGCACUAAGGUUUGGACCAACUCAUUAGAGGGCACUUAUAUAUUGAUUAUUAACAUUUAAGGUGUUGAUUAAUGUUGGAUUAAUUAGAAAAAUAACAUGGUUGGUUGGAGUUUAGUUAUAUUAUAUUAUUAAAUUAAUAUUUAAGUUG